UCUUGUUCUACAGGGUUGCAGGCAAGCUGGAGCCUAUCCCAGCUGUUUAAAAGAAAUGUAUUUUUUAAAUUGGUUUACUGGUAAAAUGCGUGCAGUGCAUCCAUCUCCUUUUCGGAUCUACUUCUUCAUGGACUUGCUACUAGGACUAUAGUCUGAAGGAAACACCUUGGAUUUCUAACCCCUUGCUGUUCAGAGGAGGUUAUCUACUAUUCUAUAAAACAACGUAAAGAUCCCCACACUGAAGAGGUAAAGGCUGAACUCGCCAAGCUGAAGGAGUCUGGAUUUGGUCUGUGUCCGCCAAGACAUGGUCUCCCCUUGCUGCACUAUGUUGCUUGCGAACUUAGCAAAAGUAAGAUGAACUUGUUCUUUUGUCCAGCCUCUGGAGAUUAUGGUUUCCACGAAUAUGAAAACAAACCUGCUCGUAAUGGGCAUGGCAAACUCCUUCCUACAAAAAAUGGAUUAACCUACUAUUCUGUCGGUAAUCUCAAAAUAAAAUCAGGAAAACCUCUACCUGAUUACAUAUUCCGUGAUUAUACCGGCAAGCACGAUGACAGCAACAUGGAUCGUGUCAUUACUGGAGUUGAUAAACAUCGGUGUGUUCGCAAAGUGUACGCAAGUGAACAUUAUAAUCCUGAUGCUACUGUAGAAGUCAGCAUGGAACUGCUUAUGUAUAUUAGCAGUCGGAGUUUAGAGGAGUUUCGCUCAGAAAUGGGCUAUAAAAGUGUGUGAAAGGUUGAAUGCCAAAAUCACACCACUGCAGGGGCGUCACUAGGCCUUUUUUACUGGGGAACGUGCCCCAGUAAAAAUCAGCUGUGCCCCAGUAAGAAAAUGUUGAAAGAUUUUCGUAACAAACUAGUUUCUUUGGCAGAUCAUUUAUCUACUGUAAGUUGUAGGACAGAGUGUGUUUCAAACUUCUAUCGCCUCUUCUUUCUAACUAAUUUUCUGAUUGGUCUGGGAGAUUCUCACUGUAAACAUAGCGUGCGUGCGGCGUGCCACGAGUCCAUUUAGCCUACUGGAGAGAUGAGUCUACUCUUUGGAUGAGUCAGAGAACGGGCUCUGGAUGAGUUAAGGUAGCGCGAAGUUUUUGCAACAAAACUAAGCAAACCAUAUUCUAACAAACCCAUUAAACUACAUCGAAUUAAACGAUAUUAAAUGACUUUUCCAGAUGGAUAUCAGACAAUUCUUCUCACGAAGCAGAGACGGGGCAGGGAAACAGUGACAGAUGAGGAGGAGGGUGAGAGAGGUUAGAUUAAGGUUGUAGGCUAUGUGCUAGUCAGUCAUAACUUACAGUACCAGCUAAGUUCGUGAAUCGUGAGAGUUGAGGUGACACGUUUAGCAUCAGCAAUUAAAAGCCCAAAUGCCAACAAUAAAUUUUUGGGGGACUGGGAUGUGUUUUCCGUCUCGUUGACCUAUUCCUCGCAUAACUUCAUCCACGAGAGCAUGAGAAUUAUGCACUUUGCAUAGGUUGGGGACAGGAACGUUAAGGUGCAUUGUGCGGGGGGGGGCAGUGCCCCAGUAAAGCUUAAUUCCUAGUGACGCCCCUGCACCACUGCUCAGUUAGAGGUGAAAUGGAAACACCCUUUCCCAAGUUCUCCUCAUAACUGAUCUAGCAGUGUUAAGUCAGGGAUACAAGAAGUGCAUACACACCUCAAACUGUAAAGUGCUGCAACUGAAUAGCUUGGGUGACUCUGACUCCCCUUUUCCACCAAAAAUAAAAUAAAAUAAAGUACUAAGGUCAAAAUAAAAUAAAAUAAAAUAACGUACUGAGGCCAAGAAAAAAAAACACAAGAUAUAAACAAGAUAUACACAUACCUUAUAAUAAUAAUAAUAAUAAUAAUAAUAAUAAUAAUAAGUUAAAUUUAUAUAGCGCCUUUCAAGAAACCCAAGGACGCUUUACAAUUAUAGACAAUGAAAAAAAAAUUACAAUUAAAAAAUAAAGAAAAUAAAAAUAAUAAUAAUAAUAAAAUAAAUAAUUAAAUAAAAAAUAAAAAAAGUCCACCAAGUAGGGGUCAAGAUGCAAUUCCAGUGGUGUAGCAGCCACAGUCCCACCAAAAGGCGCACGAAAACGAGUCCCACGUCUCCAGCACCGCCACCGUGACGCCGUCAGCAACAUCGCUCGAACACCACGCCAUGAAUCCACAAAGCGAGCAGAGAAGCUCCGCCAUACAGAGCGCUGGUGUGUCCCACACCGCCUGCACAGCCGCCGCGACGCCACCGAGCAACAUCGCUCGGAACAUCACGUCAAGCGUUAAAGCGCAGAGCGCUGGACAACCACGAUGUAAAAUGAGCAACGAGCUCACUGCAGUCCACAGCUGGGAGCGCAGGCAUCACCCACAGCGAACCAAGGCCUGGAGGGAACCGAUGCCCAAAACUGGGUCCAGAGCUACACCACAACCGGCGGACAAAACACUCAAACAAACAUCAAACUACACAAACACACACAAAAAAAAUAAAUAAAAUGAAAAUAGAAAAAGAAGAAAAAAAAAAACUCUGGUGAGAAGCGGCAGCCAGAAUGCGCACGACGUACUCUCAAUCGGAAACGGAAACGAAAAAAAAAACAUUCUCACCUUAAAUAAUAUACUAUGAAUAUAUACAUAGAAUGUACAAUAGGAUGCGAAUAUUGCAAAAAUAUGAUAUAUACAUAUAAAUACGGAUAAUAUUCCCACAUGUCCCAUAGUAAACACUAAGUAUACAUUAUACUAUGUUAUAUGUGAUGCAGAGGGUGACAGGUAGAAUUAGUUAGGUAGAAUUAAACAGUAGAAUAAGUGACGAGAUAUCAUGGAUGCAGUAAAGCAGCAGUGGUCUGUGGAGGAGACAACCUGUCUCCUAGCGAUAUGGUCCACAGAUGAAGUCCAGGCAAAACUGGAGGGUGCUACGCAGACCAAGCCCGUAUUACACCAAAUACAAAAAGAGAUGGCUGCGGCGGGGUACAAACAUCCUCUCGAGCAGAUCAGCAACAAAUUAAAGAAACUGAAGAAAGACUACAGGGACCAAAAAAAGGACCUCGGUCGAAGUGGCAAUGGGCGGCCAAGGAAAAACCCCCAGUUCAAUAUUCUGGACUCGGUCCUCGGCAAUAGACCGGCAAAGAACGCCACCGGAGCCUUAAAUUCAGCGACGGCGAUGCUGGAGGCGAUGGUGGACAACACACUGCCGCAAUCAGAGCCUGAGUUGUCCACCAUCGGGGACGAGGACCUGAUGUCUCCACUCCACUGCAGCUCUCCUGCACCAUCCAGCAGCUCAGGACAAUCGCAGCAGACCAGACCUGCUAAGAGGAAGCGAGACAGCAACACUGAGCUCCUGGACUACCUCGAGCGGGCGGACGAGAGGUUCCUGCAGCACAGCAAGGAAAUGAACGAUGCCUUGCUGCACAAGCUGGAGGCAGACAACAGUGCGUUCCUCAGCAUGAUGGGGCGCAUGGUGUCUGUAAUGGAGGCGCAAGCCAGAAAAUAAUCACACCACUUUGCUUGUUCUGCACCUUUGCACUGUUCACGUCACUUUGUUGUUAUGUUGUGUUUCUACGCACUAUGUAAAUAAAUGUUUUUUCUAAAGA